ACCAGAUUGGCAGGUUGUCAAUGAUUCAGAGUGUAAAGAAAGCUUAAGUUAACCCUUUCAGAACAAAAUAAUUUAACGCUCCUCCUCAUGGCUCAUUAGAGGAGACAUGGUGCAAACACAAUGACCUCCCUGUCAGUGUUUCUUGAUGUCCCUCCUGCUGCUUGUGAAAAGGAAAGCCAGUUAGAAGAGACCUUUAAAAAAGAUAAAGAUGUCAAAAAAAUCUUUCUUGGGCAAAGAGUGUUUUUGUCAGAUGAUGGAAAACCAUGGGUUCCUGCACCGGUGCGAAAGGUUUGUCAACAGAUACUCCAUGACCCAACAUUAAAUUACGAACAUGUAUCUGGAGGAACAGCAUCAGCCCUGAUCAAAGGUGCCACAGAACUGGUUUUUGGAAAAAACAGCAGCAUUCUUACAGAAAACCGGGCAGGAGGUAUACAGACAUUGGGAAGUAGAGGAGCGUUAUGGAUUGGGGCACAAUUUCUCCAUCAGUGGCACCACAUCAGUGUCCCUCAUAAAACAGUCUGUUUGCCUUUAUCAACCAGCGGUAGAUACCAUCAAAUAUUUGAGGACUCUGGUUUCACAGAUAUCUGUCAUUAUCGAACCUGGAACACUAAAACUAAAGGUCUGGCAUUACAAGAUAUGCUUGAAGAUCUUUAGAAAUGCCAUGACUCUACAGUUGUUUUAUUACAAAUAGCCAGCAAUCCUAAUGGGAUCCAAAUAACGUGUAAGGAGUGGGUACAGAUUGCAGAUGUCAUAAAGAGAAAGAAAAUGUUUCCAUUUUUUCAUAUGCAAGCCCAAGGCUUGGCUUCUGGGGAUGUGGAGAAGGAUGCCUGGCCGCUUCGCUACUUCGUUGAUGAAGGUUUUGAGCUGUUCUGUGCCCAGUCCUUUUCUGUAAAUUUUGCAUUGUAUGGUGAAAGAGUUGGCAGUCUAUUAGUUGUCUUAAAGAGCAACGAGGUGCUGAUCCAUGUCCGUUCCCAGCUGGAGAGGCUUGUCCGUGCAAAAUCUUUAGAACCACCUGCUUUUGGCUCGAGAGUUGUAGCCACAGUGCUUAAUAAUGCAUCUCAUUUAACUGAAUGGAAGGAGAGCCUAAAACUUGCAGCUCAACGACUCAUAAUAACCAGGGAGAAAAUAAAAGACCAGCUCAGAAUUCUGGGUAGUUUGGAAUCCUGGGAGCACAUCACUCAACAGAAUGACUUUUUCCUUUACACUGGAUUAACAAAGGCGCAAGUAGAUUUCCUUGCUAUCGAGAAGCAUCUCCAUUUGCGUGCAGACGGAUAUAUGAAUAUAUCAUGUUUGAAUACUAAGAACCUUAACUAUGUCAUGCACUGCAUAUUUCAGACUACUAGCCUGAUUACUGAGGGUGCCAAUAGCAUUUGAACCAGUACUACCUGUUUAACAACCCUGGGCUAUUAAAAUAAAGACCUUAGAGUGUU